AUGAGCACGCAACACCACGGCAGCCAGGGCGACUUCUGGGCCUGCACCACCCGCGAUGCCCCCAACCCGCCGACGACGCACACCGAGACGACAACGCGGAACGACGCCGUAAAUUCGGGAGCCGCCCUCAGUCUGUUCGAAUCAAUCAUCACCUCCUACCCGCCUGUCCUUGAAUCCUUCCUCGCCCAGAUCUCCACCGUCACCCUCCUCGAACUCUACCACACAUCACGUCAUUUGCGCCAGUUCCUGCAAAGGUAUCCGCUCGCGUGGAAGACGCUGUCCUUUCGAUUGCCUCAGCCCGCCGUUGCAGUGGGCUCGCCAGGCAAUGAGACGCCCGAGAACAGGGAACGCCAGUCCAAGGCCUACUCGUUCGACGCACUGCUGAAGCAGAUCAUAUCGCCGAAUGGCACACGAUUGACCAGCCUGGACCUCUGCAACACGGCCGUCACAGGAAUUGCGCUGGUCGGGAGCGUCCUUGCCCCGCGGAUCGACACCCUCCAGCAUCUGUCCGUACGAGGCUGCAAGAAUGUCUCCAUCAAGUACCACAUUGUCCCCUUCCUGGAGCCAUACACAUUAAAGGACGCGCCCUGGAUGCAGAGAGACCUUGCUCUGAAGAGCCUAUACACCUACCGUUGUCGUCACCACCGCCGACGGCCCUAUCUCCCCUCCUCCCUUAUUCGGAGAGACUCCGAUUCCGACCCCACACACCAGCUCAUCGAGAUCUGCCACCAAUUAGGAAUUUGGACAGAUACAGCAUGGUGUCCGACUCCAGGCGGCAGGUGCAACCGGAGGAAGGACUACCACGCAGGAAGAGCAGGACCGCAGAACAUGGAAGUCUGGGUACCCUUUGAUAGAUUAUGGCGAUCAAGCAACCGCAUCGGUCCUGUGGAAGGCACGACAAAGUUGGGCGAACACGAUGGCAGACUAUGGGAGAUUGCUGAGACAGGAGAGGACGGCGAGCCCCUCGGCCCAGAGGGUGGGAACUCCGCAGGAGAAGGCAAGCAUGUCCCAGUACACGAGCGAAGGAGCCACACUGCGUUUGUUGAAGAGGUCAAAUGUGCGCAAUGUAAUGACACUAUUCUGGAGCGAUGCGAGUCUUGCAGUGUCCGCAUGCACUGCAUGGGUUGCCGGAAGACGCUUUGUGCAAGUUGCGCUUUCAACAGACCGAUACCGAGAAAACGCGUGAAGACACGGCAUUUUGCAAACCUGGCUUUCGGCAACAGCAGCACAUUGGGCGGCACACUUGGACACGCAUCGGGGUCUUCUGCACCAUUGGAGGACAGGAGUCAAGAAGAGAAGGCUGACCAGAAUCGCUUCUGGUGGGCCCCUGGUGCCACCCGAUCACCAAAUCUCAUGAAUGAGAGCGCACAGGACGACGACUCAUCUGAUUCCGAAGACGGCGGGAACAACGGAAUGCCAGUACCUCCAGCGAACCGAGAGCCACCAAAACUAAACAUGCAUUGGUGUUGCCUGGAGCCUAUCUUUUCUGGUGGUGGCGGCAUUGCUGUGCUAGGCACCGGAUUAGGCGGCAGAGGCGCUGAUAAGAUACGCGCAGCACCAUUACCGCGGACGAAGGAGUUUGAAGAUCCGGACUUCAGCAACACGCUUCGGCCUGUUGACUACGUCCGCGAGUUGAAGAACAACGGCCUGUAUGAGUACGUGCUUGGGGAGGAUGUUGAUAUCCUGUCGUACUUGAAGCAGGACUCGCUUGAUUUGCAACAGCAAACAUGUCCGAGAGGUCUAUGCAACGACUGUUACCGAAGCUUCCGCUGGAAAGUGUCAUGUCGGGCAUGCAAGAACCCCAUUUGCAAAGAGCAUGAUUUCAGAGCGCUAAAGGUCCGCAAGUGUGGCUAUCGGGAUUUGCAUACCGAGCGAGAGCACGUACGAUCGCAUAACGAGCCGCCACAGCGUCUUGUUAUACCAGAGUUCAAUCCAAACAGGGCCAGCACACCGGAUCCCGAACGCACACCUACAGCAUCGUCAUCCCAUCUAGAUUUCUACUCCACUGGUGACAAUGAAUCUGAAUCUUCCGAAACACCCAUGUCUCAGUCACAGAUCAUGGUUGCUCCUCAACACUCGUCAGUCGAUAUGUCGGCCACAACGUCCUUCAAUUCCAUCUCAAACCCCGAACCUUUCCAGCUUGCAACCUCGCUCUCUUUUGUUCCUAUCAGCACCGGACGUCCACGCUCUUUCAGUGUAUCUGGCGUUCGCGGCCGACCCACUAGUGCUUGGUCGCCGAAUUCUCAACGUGUCCCGGUUAACCAUGCAAUCAUGAACCCACUUCCAUUGCCCUGCAAUCCACGGCAUCCCGUGCAGUGGAGUGGUUGUGUUCUUGUCUGCGAUCAAUGCGCGUCCUCGAACCCAGCUUGCACAUGCACGUUCUGCACUGUCAACUAUCACUGUCCGACGUGCACACACAAACCCAAUGUUCGCGCGAAAUGUCGGCUUGAGGCAGAGAUUAAACAGAAGAAAGAGGAACAGCUCCGUGCGAUAGCCAAGCAGAGGAAAGACAAGGAAGAGCGCGGAAUGGCAGAUGAGUUGGCUGGAGCAAUGUUCGAGUUUUUCACAACAGUAUACGAUGAGAGCACCGGCAACCCGACCAUAGAUGGCUCAUCCGCAUCGUUCACGCACGACUUACCCAUUCCGAGCCCAGACUCUAUUACUGUAACAACAGAAUUUGGUGUCAUGGAAGAGCCUGCGAACUUGACGACGAUUAGUGCAUCUGGACCUUCACCCUACCAUGCCGCUUAUGACCAUUCCGACGAUGAGGAAAACAACGUCGAGAUGACUGAAGACGUCAAUGAGGAUGUCGAAGCACUUCAGCAGGGCCUAGCUCAGAUGCACCUAACUCCUGUGCCCGGCAUGAGUGCUCACAUACUACAUGUGCCGGUAGAAGUCGAGCCUGAACACAUACACGAUGACAACGGAGAAGAGUCUGACGAGGUCAACGACACCGGUGCCGAGGCGGACAUAGAUACCGACGACCUUGACGCGGGCGCUGAAAGCACCUUUGUAGACGAGUCCGGUGAUGAUACUCUGGUUGGAGGUAUUCUUACACCCACAACCACCAUCACGGCAUGA